AUGGCGGCGUCUCCGGCGACUGGCGGCGCGCGGUCGUGCGAGACGCCGGAGCAGACCCGCGAGUGGAUGGAGGCCAUCGCCUCCUUCCUCGGCCGGCACCGCCCGCUCCUCGAGGCCCACGUCGUCAACUUCUUCAAGGAUAGGCUGUGGGAGAUGGUGGACGCCGACUGGAUGGAGUGCCUCCGCCGGGAGCCCGUCGAGAGCCUGCUCAUGUUGCCCUCCGGCUGCGUCCAGGACCAUUGGCCAAGUUCACUACAGGAGUUUAUACUCACUGCGAGGUCGCUUGUUCUUCCACGUGAGCAAAAAUCGCCACAAUCCUUUUUACCUAAUUCGCGCGUCGCAUCAAUUGGUACUGUUCUUGCUCAAGGCAUGAACUCUAAGAAGAAGCACGAAAUUGAAGCCCUAUCUGGGAUCGUUGAUGCAAUUGCUAGGAGUCGUGGAGCCAAGACAGUGGUUGAUGUAGGUUCUGGUCAGGGUUAUCUUGCACAAGCUUUAUCCUUUGAGUACCAACUCGCCGUUAUAGCAAUAGAUGCUUCAUCACAUCAUGCGUCUGUUACAAAUACUCGUGCAGAGAGGAUAAAGAAGCAUUAUGCUGCUAAAUGUGUAGAGAAGCAACAGUUCAAAGUGCCAAGAACUGUCACUUGUCAUGUUCUUUCUAGUGACACAUUGGCAGCUGUGACGUUGGAUGCAUGUCAAGAUGACCAUGGUGAACAUAUAACAGAAACUAACAACUGUAAUCAGAGUAUUCCUCAGAUUGAGCAACCAAAUCCUAGCAUUCCUCAAUUAGUCCUUGCUGGUCUUCAUGCCUGUGGUGAUCUUUCAGUUAAUAUGCUAAGGGUUUUCGUGUCCUGUGAACAAGUACAAGCAUUGGUAAGUGUCGGAUGCUGUUACAACUUGUUGUCCGAGAAUACAGACACCUGCCCUGGUUUUCCUAUUAGCAAGGCUGCUAAAUCAUCUAAACUGGUGCUUGGCAAAAGCAUCCGUGACCUAGCUUGCCAGAGCGCAGAAAGAUGGAGAAACCUCACCAAGGAAAUGGCCCUACAAAAUUUUGAUAUACAUGCCUUCCGAGCAGCUUUUCAAAUGGUACUUGAGAAAUAUUUCCCUGAAGUGUCAAGAUUGAGUCCAUCAAUUGGAAGGCAAGGAAAAGCUCUGCGCCGUCAAAGGCUUCGAAAAGUUAUGGAAUCCCAUUCGGCUAUGGGGAAAGCUGAUGAUUUAUCCUAUCCUAACUGCAAGGAACAAAACAUGAAUACAGAUGGUUCAUUGCCCACAGAACCAACUGCUCCUAAAGGGGCUGUCGAGUGUUGCAGCAACGAACUUUGUACAGGUGAUACUUACUCAACUUCAGCAGUUGUUGGUUCAUCCAUAUCAAGAGUUAACGUGGGACCAAGUGACACCAAUCUUGAUGAAUGUUGCAAGUUCACACUUUUCAAAGAUUUCACAAUCUCUGGAUUAGGGCGUCUUGGCUGUGGUUUUGUGGAAGAUGUUAAUCUACUCGAAAUAUGGAAGGAUGUGCAACACUUCUCCGAGUUCAUAGGUCCCUUUUGGUGCCUCCGGGCUGCUUUAGGUCCACUGGUGGAAACAUAUAUUUUACUUGAUCGGUUACUGUUUCUUCAAGAGCAAGGAAGUGCAGUUGAAGCAUCAUUGUUUCCUCUGUUUGAUCCCGCCAUGUCUCCAAGGAAUAUGGCACUAGUUGCUUGGAAGUUAACGGGUGAUCCUUUAGAACCAAGUCAUGAUAUGGGAAUGUACAAGAGAUUUCCCUCGAGCAGCGUGCCUUUAUCCAAUAAAUGCUAG